AUGACAUCGAGGAACCCUUCCAAGGAGGACGUAGCGAAUGAAGCCGACAAAUACCCGCGCCUCUGUCCUGGCGGUGGCCUGUUGAUAGCCUGGCAGCUCAAGGGCAAGAAGGUGCUCAUCGUGGGUGGUGGGCCCGUUGCAGCCGGGCGACUCGUCAACGUCCUCGAUGCAGAUGCCAUUCUCGACGUCAUGUGUCCCUCUUCCGGUCUGUGCGACGAGAUGCGCUAUCGGAUCUUCACCGAGAAAGUCGUCUCCAACUACAUCGACGGCAUGUACGACCCGGCCCAUCCCGAAAUCCUCGAUCAGUACGACAUGGUGCUCACUGCGAUCGACGACAUUGAGCUGUCCAAGAAGGUCUGCUACGAAUGCCGUGAUCGACGCAUUCCGGUUAACGUAGCAGACGUGCCGCCGGAGUGCGACUUCUACUUUGGCUCGCUCAUCCGCAAUGGCCCACUGCAGGUCAUGGUCUCCACGGGAGGUCAGGGUCCCAAGAUCGCCUCGCAGACAAGGCAGAAGAUCCAAGCUGCUAUUCCCAAAAACGUCGGUCAGGCCAUUACGAAUGUCGGAAAGCUCAGAGGCAUGCUAAGGAAGCGCGCGCCAAACCCGGAGAUCGGCGCAAGGAGGAUGCGUUGGAUGAUCGAGGUCUGCGAAAAGUGGAACCUCGACGAGAUCUGCACCAUGAACGAGGCGGAUAUGAAGAAGAUCCUCGACGGCUGGGAGUCAGGCUACGUGCCAAGCUAUAAGGAGGUCAAGGGCGGAUUGCCGUUCUUGCCAAGCGAUGUCAGGAUGAAGAAGGCGCUCUUUGGGACGUGUCCCGUGGUUGGAUAUCCAAGUCCUUACCUGACUGGCUUCACAGGGUUGCUGUUGGGCGCGGCGGUGACGUCGGCUGUGUUCUUGUCGAGAGGGUUCCAGCGAUCGGCGUAG